UUGCCACUGGUAGAAUAUUUGUCAACUUGGUUGAGCUCAACCUCCCUUUGAACCAAAUGGUUUGGUCCUCUCUCCAGCUGAUCGGCCUAGGAAUCCCCGGUGGUUCCGUCCGUCAUCGGCUUUGACGGCUCCCAUGUUUCACUCUCGUUUAAGGCUGUUUUAAUCCACCGGACUUUGUGGCCGCUCGUGUCGGCAAACUGCUCCACGGCCGUCGAUAUUCCAGAAAAAGGGACAAUCUGGUCGGACCAAGGCGUUUUGUACGCAUCCAGACGCGCUGAUCAAGAAACGCUUUUAAAGGCCCUCGCUCCAUCCCCGGAUUCACCUGCUACACGGAGAGCCUCAACACGGAAGCCUGACAUGGGGGACACCGGGAGUGAGGGCAGUAAGCCCCCGAGUAACGUCAAUGUCGUACCACCACGCUGUCCCUGCGGCUUUUGGGGGUCCAGCAAAACAAUGAACCUCUGCUCCAAAUGUUUUGCAGACAUCCAGAAGAAACAACCAGAUGGUGCCUCAAAAGCCUCUUCAAGCUCCAGCAGUAGCACUCAAGCAGACGUCUUUUGCAACGAAACAAACAAAAGCAUCACUCAGUCCUUCAUAGCCAUGUCAGACACCUCAGAAGAUCCUUUGCCAGGAGAUGCAGCAGCAACCCCUCUACCUGCUCAGGAAGAAGUAUGCAGCAUAGACACAGCCUUCGGCUCACUCUCCACUCCUACAAAACGCUCCUUUGAAUCAGCCUCUGAGUCAGAAAGUGACUGCUCUCCUGAGAAGCGAGUGAGAGUAGGUGAAGUGCCGGCGGCUGAGGAGUCAUCAUCGUUGUCGUCAUCAUCUUGUUCUGCGUCAUCAUCAUCAUCAUCAUCGGCGUCGUCUCGUGGCAGCUCCAAACAGCGGAGCCGCAAACGUUGCCACCGCUGUCAAACCAAACUGGAGCUGGUGCAGCAAGAGCUGGGCUCCUGUCGCUGUGGUUAUGUCUUUUGCAUGCUCCAUCGACUCCCAGAGCAACACGACUGUCUGUAUGAUCACCUGGGCAGCGGGCGCCAGGAGGCCGUCCUCAAAAUGGUCAAGUUGGACCGCAAGGUGGGCCGCUCUUGCCAGCGCAUUGGAGAGGAGUGCUCCUGAACUCCAACCAAGAGAGAAUCUCUACACAUAAGCCCUAGCAGGAAUUUCUCCUUUUUUUUUUUUUUUUUUUGUACAGCCUAUUCAUUUAAAAAGAUGCUCACUCUCUAAAUCUCAUUUAUCCUCACUCAUCCCAGACUUUUUGUGCUUCUGUCAGCUUGAUUGUAUCCCUGCUGCUAAACACAACCCAAGUUCAUAACAAAGAUCCAGAGAGAGCAAAAAGGACUUUGGGAUUUUUCAUUUCCUUUUCCCCACUUGACUUCAAGAGCGUGAGUGAACUAACAAACGAGCAGACGGAUUAAGAGGACAAGCACACGUCGUACGAAUGUUUGUCCGGGAAGCAAGUUGAAGAUGAUACCUCAAAGAAAUAAAAAUAAGAUGAAGAGGACAAUGAGAGUUUUUAGCCUUGUUACCUCAACAAGAAAUCAUCCACAACUGCUUCUUAUACCGAAGCAAGACGUACAACCAUGGGACUCGGUGUUUUAGUUAUCUCUAAUAAUCUUGACGGACCUGCUCAUAUUCUAUCAGGAUAUGAAAGGGUCCCCCCCCCCCCCCCCCCCCACUCCAUUUUUUUGGUCCUUCGACGAUAUCCAAUCUGCAUCUCUUGACAUAUUAGUUGAUCUAAAUGCCAUCAGGCUGUGUUCAGAGGGUAAAACCAAACAAGCUUGUGCUUAUUUUUUUUUUGACUGAUCACGUCUCAUCACGUCUAAUCAAAAUUGUGCAUAAUUUUUUGUGAGGAGGGAAGAACAAAUACCCUUCAAAAUAUUUGAAGAUUGAUGCAUUUCAGUUGACAGCAAUGGUUACUUUGCCCUUCAGCCCCCACCACUCCCUCCUUUUUUUUUUUUUCUUACUCAUCACGUUUAUGCAAUUGGGUUUUAUGUUUUUGUGUUUCAUGAUAGUCUGCGUUGUACAUUCUCAGCCGACGUUUUGACACUUUUGUAAAUAUAUACACAUAAUGCCCUUUGAUUCUGCGCUACGUGGACUAAAGCUGAGCUGCUUUGACGCAGCAGUUCCUCUUUUUGAGGUGGUGGUGAUUCAGCUUCUUGUUUUUUUUUUUUAGUUUUACAUAUUCUUAAAGGUUUUGGGUAGCAGCGUCAUUGGAUUUGCAUUCUUUCACCUUCAGGUACUUAACUGAUUUUCGACAUUGGCCAGUGUUUUGAUUUACAGUUAAUCAUGAUGAUAUUUUCUUUCCCUUUUUUAUUUCCUGCAACCUCUCCUCCCUCUUUCUAGAUGAGGCACAGUGGACAGUAAAUGAUAAAUCAUGCUUUUUUUUUUUUUUUUAAGGAAAAUUGUAAUAUUAAUACUGAAGAAUUGAAUGAAAAAAAAAAACGUAAUAUGUACCACUUUUAUUUAACCUUUUUUUCCUGCCUUGUCAGGUCGACUUACACUUAAGUGUAGUUUUUCUGUUAAAAUAUGGUGUUUUGGGGGGUUAAAAAAAUAUUACAAUAUUGUUAUAAUGUAUAUUUUUCUUUCCAUGACUUUACAUUUUCCUUCAACUUUUUUCCUUUUAAAUGAAAAUAAAAUAAGAUUAGACAAAGUGU